CUAGCCUUGCUGGGCUGAGUCAGUCAGUCUGUCGGAGUCUGUCCUCGCAGCAGGCGGAGUGAAGGGACAUCUGAGAGCCAGCUGGCUGAUCAUUGUUUCCCCUCCCUCUCUCCCGCCCCACAUUUCUCUUCACUCUUCUCCCACCUUUGCUCGCGUAGCCAUGGCGGAGCCGUCAGCGGCCACUCAGUCCCCGUCUGUCUCCUCGUCGUCCUCUGGGGCCGAGCCGUCCGCGACCGGCGGCGGCGGGAGCCCGGGAGCCUGCCCCGCCCUGGGGGCGAAGAGCUGCGGCUCCUCCUGUGCGGUGCACGAUCUGAUUUUCUGGAGAGAUGUGAAGAAGACUGGGUUUGUCUUCGGCACAACGCUGAUCAUGCUACUUUCCCUGGCCGCUUUCAGUGUCAUCAGUGUGGUUUCUUACCUCAUCCUGGCUCUUCUCUCUGUCACCAUCAGCUUCAGGGUCUACAAGUCUGUCAUCCAAGCUGUACAGAAGUCAGAAGAAGGCCAUCCAUUCAAACCCAGAUUGAUCACUAUGUUGGCAUUGCCCGGGAUCAGACCAAGUCAAUUGUUGAAAAGAUUCAAGCAAAACUUCCUGGAAUCGCCAAAAAAAAGGCAGAAUAAGCACACGGAAACCGGAAAUGCAACAGUUACUAAAAUACCAUUUAAUAGUUAUAAUGUUGUUACUUGUAUUAUGAAGGAACAUGCUCAGCAUCAGCUUGAGCCUGCAUUCCAAGCUUUUUUUUUAAUUUGGUGUUUUCUCCCCUCCUUUCCCUACCCUCAGUAUCAAGCACAAGAAUUGUUGGACUAAAAGAAGAACUAUCUUAGAACCCAAAAGAAAAAGAAAGAAUCAAAUUAAUAGAAUAAAUCAAUAUCUUAGUGGUGGUGGAGCUUUUACCUGUAGCUUGAAAGGGGAAAGAUUGGAGGUAAAGGAGAAAAUGAAAGAUAGAACACAUCUCUUGGGUCCUUCUUUCCAGUUUUCAAGGAUUAGUCUUACACAGCUUCCCAUUAUAGUUUCGCCCUUAGUUUUAAGUUAAGAAAUAAUGAUUAACUUAUGAAGAAAUUAUUUGGGGACAGGAAUGGGAUUCCUUCAAGGCCCUUGGGUUUUUUGCAGCCCUCUCAUUCCAUCUUCCUUCCCCACAAUGUGAGCAGCUACUCCUAAUCUUUCUCUCCUUCACUUAAUGGUAUAACUUUCAACUCUCAUAAUAACUUAUAGGUGAUAGUGAAAAUUCCUGAUUCCCAGAAUGCCACCUGAUAAAUAAGAAUGGAAAUAGAAAGUGGGACUGGAGAGGGUGUCAGGAGGAGCACCACUGUGGCUGCCACUCCCUCUGCCACUCAUCCCCGGGAAGGAAAGGCUCUGCCAUUUGGGGAGGUGGUGUCUGUGUCAUCUCUCUCAGACAUCAGUGCUGAGCGUUAGUUUAAGAACUCAUUCCCGAAUGUGCUUUUUCCUCCCUCUCCCCUGCCCACCUCACUUCAAGUUUAAUGAAUAUGGUUGUUCUUUUCUUACUAUGAAAUAAAUGUCUGUAACUGCUGUACACUGCUGUAAACUUGUUAGAGAAAAAAAUAAUCUGCAUGUGGGCUCUUCAGUUAUUGAGUUAUCGUAAUCCUAUCUCAGUCUGUGGGGGGGAACAUUCUCAAGAGUUGGACUGCAGAAAUACAAAAAGUCUGUUUUUUCUUUAUCUUUUCCAUACUGCUUUGUUCUUCAUAUGCUGCAUCUGUAACCUGUGCUCAUCAUUUUAGCCUAAGGACCAAAGCCGAGCUGGCUUGAGAGGAGAUUGUGUACGUCUGUGGUUAAGAGACCACAAAUUAGUGUAGGGAAGUGCAUUUUGUGGUUCAAAUGGAGUUUUAACUGUUUCAAGGCUAGCUUAUGGGUGCAUGUUGUUUUGAGGGUUCUUUUCAUUUUCAGACACAUAAAAUGUCCUGUAAUGGCCCGGGGUGCUCCUUUGGAGAGUGUUUUCCAAGAAGUUUUAGGUGAGGAUGACCAGGCAGGGCCAGAUGGUUGAUGGGCCUCGCGUACAAUUAAAAGACAACAGAACAACUCAAAUUGACAUCUGAUGGAGGGCAAAUGGGACUCUUUGAUUCCCAUUUGAAACUGAUAAGUUUCUCCCUCCCCUUCAACAUGAAAAUUUAGUAAACUUGAAAGAAAAGUCAUGUGUGAAUUCCUCCAGGUUGUAACUCUUGAGUCAUAAUCCUCCAGAGGGAAUAAGCACUGGUGACUUUAAGUAAGGGCUACAAUAUUUGAUGGUCCCUAAGUACUGCAACUCUGAAGAAAGUGUGGGAGGAAAUUUUCUUUCCACUUUUUUUUUGAAAAAUUACUUAGGAAUAUAGAUGAGUAAAAGGUACCCUUGCCUUACUUACUUUUCUUACUUUCUUAGCCCCCUUCCCUUUUGAAACAUUUAGCUGAUUAUUCAUGUCAUAGUAGGAAAUGCAUUUGCCAUCAUCAUCCUUUGCCCUCCCUGGAAGUCAAUGCACUGAUCAUCUUUUUGGGCUUCCCCUCCAAAAGACCUCUUUCUGCACUGGAAGCCUCCACAUCUAGCUCUUUUCUUUUGUUGCUGCUGUGUUUAGAUAAUUGGAGAGAUGUCUGUGCCACGCAGGAAUUUUUUUUUUUUUAAAGAAAAACAUGUAGAUGAAAAAAUUACUAACGAAACUUGUGUGCGUGUCUGUGCGUGCAACAUAAAAAGCAGUAGUGCCUAAGGAGCUUAAAUCUUGGUCCCUGUAAAACUGCAAAUUGAUGUGGUAUUAAUAAAAUUUAAAAAAAAAAAA